UGAAAGACACAUGCAGGUGCCCAUUCCAACAUAGACGCGAGCACUGAUUUCAAGAAGGCCUAAAGUCUUUUCACAUAAUAAUGGACUCGAGGAUACUCCUCGUCUCCUUGGUGGUCUUAACGACCGCUUCGGCAGGUCCGAUUAACCUCGGACAGAGAACGUGUUCAAAAAGAUGUACAGGAAGCGAAAAAUUCAAAUAUACACCCGGCACAACGUACAGAUACGAAUAUGAUGGUAGUGUGACGACAAAAAUAAAUGGAGCCAUGGGAGAGGGCUCCGGACUGCACCUGACGGCGGCGGCUGAUAUAGAGGUCUUAGACAAGUGCAACCUUGUCCUGAAGCUCCGUAACGUCCGCCUUGAAGAUUUAAAAAAGACCCCCAUUGCUGGAAGCACCCGAUUUGGACGAUCUCUGGAGGAGAAGCCUCUGCACUUCUCAUUCCAAGAUGGCCGCAUCGAGGAGCUCUGUACCGUGGAUGACCAAAAAUGGGUAUUGAACAUCAAGCGUGGUGUGCUGUCCGCCUUCCAGAACAGCAUGGAGGACCUCAAGACUGAUACCGUCACAAAAGAGAUCGAUGUCGCCGGUGAAUGCGAUGCUGAAUACAAACUUGGCGAGUCCGGUUGGAGAAGCUUCAGCAUCGUAAAGAGAAAGGACCUCAUGGCUUGCACCAGCCGCCAGUCCGCCAAGACCGCCCUCCAGGCAACACCCUACAAGGUCGAGUCGGGCAUGCAGUCCCUCCCACUGACCAAGGGUACCCACGUGUGCCAACAUGACAUCCACAACAACGGUUACCUGUUGAAAUCCGACUGUCAGGAAGAACACAUCUUCCGCCCCUUCUCGAAGGAAUCCAAUGGUGCUACCACCAGCGCCAGCCACCGCUUGGAGUUCGUUGGAGAGGCAGCAGGAGUUUCGUCUUCAUUCAGUGGUGAAUACCGCCGCACCAACCUUCUCUACGAGCAUGAGCUCGAACCAGAGAAGAACAGCCGCGACAUGACCGCUGCCAUGGACAGCCUCAAGGCUAUCUGCGAAGAAAUGAAGAACGACGUGAGGCCAACCACCCCACGCCUCUUUGCCGAGCUUGUAUACAAACUGAAAGACAUGGAUGCCAGAUCCCUCAGCAAGCUUUACCGCUAUGUUAACAACAAUGGUGUCUGCAAGGACAACCAUCAAGUCGCAAAGAAAUUCUUCAUGGAUGCCAUCCCAAUGGUUGGUACCACUGCCUCGGUCUCCCUCAUCGGUGACUUGGUUAGCCAGCGUACCAUCAAGGGCUCCGAGGCCGAGAUGUGGCUGUCUUCCCUCGCCUUCAUCCAGCAGCCAAGCCCACAAAUGAUGUCUUCUGUCAAGCAACUGAUGGAAUCCGUGACCGCCACCAAGACCACCUUCCUCUCUGGUUCCGCCCUGGUCAACAGCUACUGCAAGGACAAGGUCUCAUGCAGCAGCGACCCAAUGAUCCAGGCUAUUGCCGCCACACUAGAGGGCAAGCUCAACUACAACUGCCGCCUCCGUGGCGACAAGGACAGAAGCAGAAUCAUGAUGACCUUGAAGGCACUUGGCAACAUGGGACACGCACCACGCGCUACCCAGACGAUCACCCGAUGCAUGAUGGAAAGCACCAACGCUGUUGACAUCAGGUUGGCAGCCAUUGAUGCCCUCAGGAGACAGCCAUGUGAUCCAGAUCGUGCCCGAGUCUUGACUCUCUUCUCUGACGCCAACGAAGAUUCCGAGGUCCGUAUCGCCGCCUAUCUUGCCUCCAUGCAGUGCGCAACCCCUGAGGUUGUUGAUGCUGUCACACGCAUGCUCACCAACGAGAAGGUCAACCAGGUCGGGUCAUUCGUGUGGACUCACCUCACCAACCUGAAGGAAACCACUUGCCCACUCAAACAGGAUCUCCGCAAGAUCUUAGAAAACCAGUACCUCCAGAAGGAAUUCGACUUGGACGCCAGGAAAUACUCCCGCAACCUUGAGGGUUCCUUUUACUCCGAUAUGCUUAACACUGGUGCAAAUGUCGAAGGAAACCUCAUCUGGUCCCAGAAGAGUUUCGUCCCAAGAUCCGCCAUGAUGAACCUGACUGUUGAUCUUUUUGGCCAGUCUGUCAACCUCCUUGAGGUCGGUGGUCGAGUUGAAGGUAUGGAGCGACUCCUUGAGACCUUCUUCGGACCCAACGGAUACUUCCCAGAGAGCUCCGUCGGUGACAUGCUGAAGAGAUCCAAGAGAUCCGCCUCUGAUGACAAGAUCAACCGCAUCGACCAUGAGUUUAACAAGAAGCGUAACAACGACCUGAAGGGCUCCAUGUACUUCCGAGUCUUCGGCCAUGAGCUCAACUACGUCGACUUCGCUGGUAUGUCUGGCAAAAGUGACUUCAAUGUCCUCGAAAUGUUGAUCAAGCUCGCCAGCAACCACGACAUCAACUUCAGCAAGAGUAUAAUGUUCCUUGACACCUCCGUGACCAUCCCCACCAUCCUCGGUAUGCCACUGAAGCUCGCCAUCAACGGAACCGCCACAGUCAACAUGCAGAUCAGUGGCAAGAUGGAUGUCCGACAGGCCUUCACCUCACCAAGGAGCAUGGACAUCACAGGAUCAAUCAAGCCAAGUGGCGCCGUGGCUAUCUCCAGUCUCAUGAGCGUAGAUGCUGGUGUUGCCCGCACCGGUCUCAAGAUGGUCACCACCUUGCACUCAAGCAGCGAGAUCGAUGGCUCCAUUAAGAUGGAAGAUGGACAGGUCCUUAUCACCAAGUUCAACAUGCCGCGUGAGAAGAUUGAGAUCCUCAAUGCUGAGAACAAAUUCUAUAUCGUCCAUGGAGAAAAUGAGGUCGAAGAGACCAUGCCCACAGCCAAGCGCAUCACGAAGAGCAAAUGCACAAGCAGUUUCAUGACCCAGCUUCUUGGAGUUGAACUGUGCGGAGAGAUCAGCCAUCCAGCUUUCGAAGUCAAAGAAGCCACCUUUGCUCCCCUUAUGGGACCCUCAAAGAUGUCCAUUGCUCUCAGCAAGAAGGACACCCUCACUGGUUAUGAGUUUGAAGCCCGGUUCCAAAACCAGAAGACCCGCGUGAAUGGCAGGACCACCACCAAUCACGUGGCUCGUCUUGCCUUCAACACCCCUGGCUCAAAGAUCAACCGUGAGAUGUCAGUGGACUUCCUCAUGAACAGCGGAGAGCGCAAACUGAACUUCAACCUGGUCUCACCAUGGACCAAGGUCUCAUUGAAUGGUGAAGUCAUCAAUACCGAAGAAUCCAAGCAGGCCAACCUCCGUCUUGUCCUCAACGACAAGGAUGAGUACGCCUUCCUCUCCCAGUUCAGCACCGUGUCCAAUAAUGGUCGCACAAGCUUCAGCCCCAACAUCGAGAUCAGGAUGCCCAAACGCAAACCGAUCACCGUCAGUGGCAUGCUCGACUACGUGAACGGUAGAAAGGUCGAUGUCAACCUUGUCAUGGAGAACCUUUUCCGGACUCCAGUUACAGUGAAAGGUGGAAUUGAAAAGGACGUCCGUGGCUCAAAGACCAGGUUCAGCACCAACAUGGACAUCAAGUCCCACUACCUUGACACUAAGGUCUCAGGUUACGUGGACAAUAAGCCAUCCAUGUACAAGUCCCGCAUGACCGUUGACUACAGGAUGAUGAACGCCAUCCGCCAGCGUCUCUCCCUUAACUACAAGAUCAGGAAUGUUGAAACUGUUAGCAUGAGGAAGAUCAGUGUUGAUACUGCUGUUCAGACUACCCAAUGGCCAGAAUACAACUUCGAGCUCAGUACUGACGUCCAGAAGACCAGCCGCCAUGCCGAAUCCUCCAUUUCCCUCCGAUACGGCGCAGAUGACACCAACCCUAACAAGAGAUUGGCUGCAACGGCCAUCGUAAACUACGACAUCAACGGAGAUAAGGUGAAGGCUGAUGGAAGUGCCAAGCUGAACUUCCCUGCCAAGAACAUCGACUUCAACAUGAAGGUCAACCACAAUCACGACCCCAAGGGCAUCCAGUCCAAGGCUAUUAUCGAGUACCAGACUGGCAAGAAGGUCAACUUCGAGAUGAACCUGAGAGAUCUGAGCACCAAGCUGAUGAAGAUGUCUGGUGACUUCACCCUCGAACUCCCAUCACGUGUUUUGGGUAUGUCCCACCAGAUUGAGGAGCGGGAGCCACGUGAGUACCACCACAAUAUGUUCUUACAGUGGCAGAGGGGCAAGCAGCUCCAGACCACCAGCAUGUACAAGAUGGAAGACUUGACCCACACCAUUACCAGCAACAUCCAGCUCCCAGAAAGGCGACCAAUCAACAUCAAUGCCUACACCACCCUUGACCCCAAGAACUUUGCCGGGUCUGUCCAGGUUGAUUAUGAGAGGAAGAUUUACGGUUUAGACUUUGGAUACACUUUCAACCAGGCUGUUGAACAGCUGUUGGUCGAGGGCCGCUUUGAUGCAAGACACCCAGCAAGAAGAGUGACUGGGUCUGGUUCAAUCAAGCGCACUGCUGAUGAGUACAGCACAAAACUGAACGUCAAAUGGGAUGCUGACCGUGAUGAGACCAAGGCUGUUGCUGUUGAGGGAACUUACAAGCUUGAGUAUGUUUACAGAGGUAGACACCACUCUGGUAACUUCCUCCUCAGCUACCCAGGACGUCAGUCAACCAUGAACAUGGAUAUCCUCAAUGCCAAUGGAAAGUACCAAUCCACCGCUGAAGUCCAGUGGGAAACUGGCAAGAAGAUUACCCUGGCUACUGCUAUGGUCAAUGCCGAAAAUGCCUUUGAUGCCAGUAUCAAGUUCACUUCUCCAUUCCCAUAUGUCGAGACCAUCGGAGCUGGUAUCACCCACCGUCGCCAACAUAGUGAGAUCAGCACCAAUGCUCAAGUUACCUGGGCUGCUGAAAAAUCCAUAAAGAUCGAAACUGCCAUCCGACCGAGAAGUGCCAAGAACUUCGAAGCAACUGCCUCUGUCGCCACUCCCUUCACUGGUUACAGAAUGAUGACCGCUAACGCACUCUACUCCCUAGGCGACAGGAGCUUCUCAGCCGCACUCGAGGGAGCCCUUGAGGAUAGGAAAGUUGGAAUGACCAUCGCCGGAAGCAUGCGCAAUGGCGUCAAUGGUAACAUGAAGAUUGAGCUUCCAAUGAUUGCCCGGCCAAUUACUGCCAAGUUCAACCACAAGAGCUCCGGGGGACUUUACGACACCUCUGCUGAAAUGACCUGGUCCCUGAAGAAGAUAAGUGCUCUCUUGAAGGUCAAGCCAGUGAGCUGGAACGAUAUGGAGUUCACUCUCUCAGUCAACACACCAUUCCAGAAGUUCACGACAAUGACUGUCCAAGGAAUUCACAAGUUGGACAAUGAAGGUCUCAGCACCAAAGUGUUUGGCCAAUACGACUCUAAGAAGAUUGGGCUCGAGAUUGGCGGCAAGUACACUGGUACUCGCGAUAGCCAUACGAUUGAGGGAACCAUCCACCUGAACAGCCCCUUCCAGGGUUAUGAAGACAUGUCCGUCAACCUCAAGCACACCGAUGAUGGCCAUCGAUUCAGCAGUGGCGCUGAUGCUACCUGGGACGACAAAAAGAUCGGAGCUGCCCUCUACAUGACCAACUCCAUGAGUGGGUGGACUGUCCAGACCACUGGUAGACUUCAGGUCAUCACCCCAUUCAGUGGUUACGAACGCACCUUCUACAACUGGCGCCACAACAAUGACCAUCAUGAGAUCAGCUCCACACACUCAUUUACUAUCCGUGGAUUGAGAUACACCAUGUCUGUUGGCGGAAAGAACCAAGUGACCAGUUCAGGACGCAACCUUGAAGGCAAGCUGAACAUCCAGACUCCUCACGAGAGUGCCAAGAACCUAAAUGCGGAGAUGACCUUCCAGAUGACCCCUGCGACCUUUAAGAUUAACAUGCUCCUAGGCAAAGUAGAGUCAGAGAAAAUCGAGCUUGGUGUCGAGGGAAGUUAUGACUCUCGCAAGAACUUCAUGGGAAGUGCCACCCUGGAUCUGUCUGCAGUCGUUGAAAUGAUCCCAGCACCGCUGAAGGCUACUGUCAAGGGACAGAUGAGCGCCAUGCCAUACACUGGGCACGCUGAGGCUGUCUGGGCUAAGGAGAAGAUUGCUGUUGAUUUCUCUGUGAGUCCAAUCAGCUGGAAAUAUUUUGAGGGAAGCAUGAGCAUGAAGACUCCAUUCUUCUUCGCCAAAACUGUUGGCAUGAAGGUAACCAGCACUGUAACUGACAAUGAGCUGACCACAAUUGUCACCACCCAAUAUAAUGAGAACAAAGCCGAGCUCCACGUUCGCGGCAGCAACAAAGGAAACGACAACAUGAUCAAUCUUUCUGGGGACAUCAAGGUCGUCAACCCACUCACCAGCGAUAUCGCAGUCGGCAUGAAGUUCAUGAAGCAGACAAAGAAGAUUGCAACCACCAUCUCUGGCAGCUACGGCACCUACAAGACUGAAGCUGGGUUCGACGCUCAGUAUGACAUGAGCAGUGGCUUCAGAACUAAGGGAAAUGCUGCUCUUGUUCUCCCAGUCUAUGGCCAAGUAAAGAUGGGAUACACGUGGGACCUCAACACAGACCUGAAGACAAUCUUAAACAGCCAGAACACAUUCGCUCUGAAUGAAAUGACCUUCGUUGCCAACGCUGACUUAGCUGUCGCCACCGGAACCUAUGGCUCUUCGUCCAAGGCGCAUGUUACCAUUGAGACUCCUCUUGCCAUAGCUCGUGUGAUGAAGAUUGACCUCGAUCAUUCCAAGCGUGGAAACAGCUGGACUGGCAACAUGAGGUUCUCCAGGAACAGGCGCCAGACUGCUGCCUUUAACAUGGAGAUGAUCAUGGACACUAUCUACAAUGCCGAAGGAACUGGUAAACUCACCAUCAACGACAUGGAGCCCAUCUCCUUCAGUGUGAAAUCUGAUGUAGAGAAGUCACCUUACAGUGGUAGUGUUGAGCUUAGGUGGGGAAGAGAAAAGAUGAUCGGUGUCUCAGGUACAGUUGCGACCAGUGCUAAUGCCAUUGAUACAUCUGUUUCCCUUACUACUCCAUUUGAGUAUUUCAAAAAGAUUGCAAUGAAGGUCAACCACAUGACCGAGGGCAAUGCCGUCAUUACUGCUGCUACAGUUGAGUUCCAACCAGACAAGGUAAUCUCUCUCUCCACCAAGUUUGACAACAGCAAGAAGCUAACUGGCACCAUUGCUCUUACCACACCCAUCAUUUAUCUGGAGAAACUCUACGUGUCCUAUGAACAUGAGGGAUCUAUGGAGAACUUCAAUCACCACCAUGAAAUCAAAUACCAGGGCGUUUAUACGAACAUGGCCAUGACCAACACACUGGACUACAAUGGUCCCCAGCAUAUCACUGGGAAUACACAUUUCCGCAGUCCAUUCUGGAUGUUGCAAGACGUGAAAGCAAAUUUCGUCCACAGGGAAGAGAGGAACGCGUAUACCACUACUGUUGACAUCGAGCUUGAAGAGGGAAAGAAGAUUGAAAUAAGCAGCAUCUUGGAGAAAUCCGAUAGCCCCAAAUACACUCUGACUGUCAGGUCACCAUACGAAUAUCUCAGAUCCAUGAAGGUCAACUUCGAACACCGAGGUCAGUUCCCAUACACUACCACCACUGGUACCUUUGAAAUGCAGAAUCGAUUCGUACGUGCCUCUAUCACCGGUGAUGUGAAGAUCCAAGGACUUGACUCAAUCACAGCCAACCUUCGUCUGAUUACACCUAUCAAGUACUACGAGCACAUGUUCGUAAGUCUUACCCACGGAAAGGUUCGGGGUGAAUGGCGAACUAGCCUUGAAGGCCAGACUGACAUGAAGAAGAGAAUGAACAUCAAGACCACCUUCAGUAUGGAGAACAACGUAGAAGGAAGCGUCACUUUCACCUGUCCCUACCUUGGAAUGGACAAGCUCGCUGUCAGCUUUGAGCAUGAAGGAUCCAUGACUCAUUUCACCUUGAAGCCUAAGUUCGAGAUGAAAUGGCAGGGUGAGAAGACCGAAUUGGAUGGAGAGCUCAAGGUCAAUGGCAUCAAUGACAUCAAGAUCACUGUCAAUGGUGAUACGCCCAUCUCUGGACACCAGACUGUUUCCAUUGCUGCCCAACAUAGCACAGAUGGCCCAGUCAGGACCAUGACUGCAACUAUGGAAACGCCAUAUGGUAAAUCUGAAUUCACCAAGAAGAUCACCAUUGACCCUACAUACAAGGUUGAGAUUGAGGUCAAGACGCCAUACAACUUCCUCCAGAGCCUGACUCUCUACAUGGAACACGUGGGAGAGAACAUUGACAACUUCCGCAACAAGUUCGAGUUCAGCUACAUCAACAUGUUGACCCGUGUCAUGCUGACCAAUGACUGGACUGUCAGUGGCCUUAACUUGAUCGAUGGCAGAUUCCAUUUGACUAGCCCCAUCAAGCACAUUGAGGUUGUAAAUGCUGCAUUCACAAACAAACGAGAAGAUGGCAAGUUCACCACUGUUGUAGAUGUCGAAUAUGCCCCAGGAAGGCAGAUCCUCCUCAAGUCCACCCUGGAUAUUGCCAUGAAGACCCUUGACAUGACCCUGAAGACUCCCUUCCAGCAAGUCGAAGAUAUGGCCCUCAGGAUCCAGCACGAUGGCAGCAUGAAGACCUUCACAAACAAAGUCUUUAUCACCUUGAACAGGGACCAGGUCAUCAACAGCAACAUCUGGAUGAACGGUCUCUCAGCGAUCCGUGGAAAGACUGAGGUCCUCAGCAACGUCUUCACCAUUGCUCACCGUUUCACCCCAGACAUGAUCGAUACCAAGAUGACCCUGAAGGAUAUCGCUGAAUUUGUCCUCAACUAUGAAUCAGCCCAUGAUAGUUACAACGGCCAAGUUUCUCUCAGUAUCCAACCGUCAGCAACAAUCGACACUACCUUGUUGAAGUCAGUUGAGGCUUCAUUCCAGCAUUCCAUUGCCCAUGGCACAGAAACAAUUGCCCAUGUUGCCUAUGAUGGUUACAUGGGGCAGAGCCGUGCUGAUAUGACAAUGAAGAUCAAUGGACCUGAGAUGAUCACUGGCAAUCUGCACAUUGUGAACCCAAUGAUUGACGACAUUGAAGUGAUUGUUGACCAUAGGGCCAUGCGUGAAGCAACCUACCAGAGCAGCAUCAACGUGAUCUCGGGCAACAAGAAGCUUGCUGAUCUCAAGAGCACCCUUGCCAUCACUUCUCCAUUUAGCAUUGAUAUCACCAUUGAUACACCCUUCGAUUUCCUCAGGACGAUGACUGUCAAGAUGAGCCAUGCAGGCGGGCUAUCAGGCCGGAUAUUCUACUUCACCAACACAGCAAGCAUUCUUUUUGCUACCGCCAGUGACCGUUUCACCAUGGAUAGCAACAUGCGAGUCCGAGGCCUCCAGAAUAUUGAAGGACGCAUGGACCUUAAGAGUUCUCUCUUUGAUGAUAUUGUUGUAACAGUCAAUCAUGGUACCAAGGGACAGUCCGAAAUCGGCAACGUUGCCAUUGAAUUGAGCCCAACUCAGAAGAUUGUAUUCACAUCCGAGUACAAGGAUGAGGAUGACUUAUUUGUCAAGGUCACACUCCGCACAUCAUGGGAAGUGAUGAGGGAUGUUGCUGUCGAACUGAAUGUCGCCUCAGACCUUUCUAACAACAGGAUGCUGAUCCGCCACAAUAAACUCAACGAGCCAAUCACUCUUUCCACUGAAGUUAAGAUUGGGGAUACCAUGGAAGGCAAAUUUGUCUUCACCAGUGGCUGCCCAGUCCUUAAACGUAUCGAGAUGACCGGUCAACUUAACAUUGAUGGUGACAACUAUCACACUGAAGGUACCAUGACCUGGAUGGACCAAGUCACAUCUUUCAGUGGUGACCUCUCCGUGACGAGUCUGAAUGAGAUGAGUGGUACAGUCACCUUGAAGACUCCAUUCCCACAGUUCUCCGAUAUCUUGAUCAGCUUCGAACACAAGGGUGAUAUGUCUGCCUUCACCACCAAAGCUGAUGUUGACAUCAACAACAAUGGCAAGAUCCAGAUGACCGCUGCAUGGAAAGCUGGUAACGACAUGGAAGGUACCUUCGAACUUCAGACUCCUUACAUGGAGAUUGUCAAAGUCGGAAUCAGCCACAGGAAUCCCAGCUACAGGAAGUACGAGAGUAAGAUGGACGUCACCUAUGGAACCAAGGCAGUCUCAGUUGAAAGCCUGAUGACCAUCUACAGCCUGUCAAGCUUUGAAGGUUCAAUCAUGGUCAAGAUGCCUUGCCCCAAGUACCCAUACAUCAGGACAUCAUUCUCCCACCAUGGUGACCUCAAGAACUUCCGUAACAGCAUUGCCAUGGAAACCGCUAGUGGUGCCAUCCGCGCCAGCAGCGACUUCCGUUUGGAUGAAGCCAUUUCUGCCAACUUGAAAAUCGAGACUCCAUGGGCUCCUCUUGCCAAGGUUACCGUUGGAAUAAAGCACACUGGUGGACUUUCCAAAUGCCAGACAACCCUUAAGAUCGGAACAAACUACUACGGCGAUAUGGAGAUGACCGGGCAAUGGUCCUUGUCACCAAUGGAAGCUGCCAUCAGUCUAACCCUCCCAUCCUACGAGAAGAUGUCCACUGGCUUCAAAUACCAGAAACUUAGUGACGCCAUAGAGGUUGAGCUUGAGGCCAAGUAUGGUGCCAAGUUAUUGAACUUCAGGGAGAAAUUCACUUCCAUCAGCCUGAACGACUUCAACACAGAAAUAGUUGUGAAGACUCCAUGGAAGUUCUCUGAGAUCACUUUGAAACACAAACAUUCUGGAGACAUGAAGAAGUUCACGACUUUAACCAUUCUUGAUACCAACGUAUAUGGCAAAAUUGAAUUAGAUACCAUCAUUGCGACCAGCCCAAUCGACAUCACUAUGAACUUGAGGACUCCAUGGACAGGUUUCAAGAACGUCAAUGCUAAGUUCAGCCACCAGGGUAACUUAGAUGCUUUCAACACUGCCUUGAAUGUCAAUGCUGAUGGUGAGGAGAUCGCUGUGAUUUCUGCUGAUUGGACCAUGUCUCCUAUCAAUGCCAAGAUCGUAAUCAACACCCCAUUCCAUGAGGAGGUCAAAGCUAUGAUUACCCACGAGAUCCGAACUCCAGUCUACAAGACUAAUGCCGAAUUGAGCUAUGGUACACAUGCAUCAACUUUUGGAUCCACUAUCUCCAUCCGAAGUCCAACUGAUGUGCAUGUUGAGGUAUCCUCCACCACACCUUUUGAGGCCGUCCGUGAAAGCAGGCUUGUCUACAGCCACAGUGGAAACAGUGAAGCCUUCACAGCUUCUCUGUCUGCUGAUAACAACAGAGUGCCCGUGCUGAACGUCAAUGCCGAAUGGAACGAAACAACUCGCAACAUGGAGGGAAAAUUGACCAUAAGGUAUGUUUUCGUUGAGGACUUCGUUGCCCACUUCAAGUAUGCUGAUGCACUGACAUCCACGAAGAUAAACGUAGCAUGGGAAGCAUCUGUUUCAAGUGGUGAGAAGGUCACUGGCAUCAGCGUCAACGGAGAUAUGUACGGAAUCACAAGAUGGGAAGGUGUGACCACUCUUAGGACGCCUAUCCAGGAGUACUCAAAAAUGCAGCUUACCGUCAACUAUGCUGCCGCUGACAACCACCGAAAUCUCCGCUCAGGAAUUCAGUUCGAUAGCCCCAGGACAGGGAAAUUGGCCGCGAAUGUCGAAUGGAAUUAUGGUGAAGUUACUACAGCCAGAUUUGUCAUGGAUACCCCGUACUUUGACAAGGUCACCGCAACUGUCCAGCAUGAUAUCCUUGGAACAAGAACCUAUAAGACUGAGCUCUCAGGUAGUUACGGAUCCCUUGCUUAUGAUCUCACCAGUAACAUCAAGAUGAACAACUUCGAAGACAUGUCCAUUACAGCUGACUUCAAGACUCCUAUUCCAAGCUACAACUUCGAAUUCACACACAAAGGCAACUUCGAAAAGUUCAACUGCAACAUGAUGCUUCAGUCUGAAGGUGGAGUUAUUACACAUGUGACCACUGACUUCGCCCUCAUACCAUUCAAGGCAACUGUACAAGUUGCAACCGCCUUUGAAGGAUACAGAGAUAUGCUUGGAAUCGUUACGUACGCAAGCGACAAAGCCACUCUCACCCUCCAGAAGGAAAGGGAGCAGAUCAAAGCUGUUGCAACCCGAGCGUCAGGAUCCGGAGAAAUCAAUAUCCAAACACCUUUCCCAGGAUUUGAGAAGAUGUCCGCUAAAUUGAGCAUUGACCUUUUUGCUCAUCAUUCACAUGCCAGUGUCAUGUACAUGACUGGCAAGCAGAUUGUUGCUGACCUCAAAAUCCAGGACGAAGGAGAUUUCACGCUAACUGCCUCCAUUAAAACUCCAUUUGAGGGAGCUGAGAUUACCGAAGUCGACCUCCGACUUGCUAGAACAAAGAAGAGCUUCAACACCAACAUCAAGAUCAGAUACAUGAAAGACCAAACCAUUGCAUACAACAUGAAAUUCAACAUGGGACAUAAAGUCGAGUUCACUGCCGACCUUGAGACUCCAUUUGAAGGUGCUGAGAUGUCCACCCUUGCAUUCACUCACACUGGUACCCUCCAGAACUUCAACACCAAUGCCAAAUUGACAUACAUGAGGAACAAGGUCAUUGAAGGUGAUAUUCAGUUCAACAUCGGCAAAAGGAUUGAGCUUACCGCCACCCUUAAGACUCCCUUCACCGGUGCUGAGAUGUCGGAGCUAUCUUUCACCCACGAUGGUAGCCUCAUGAACUUCAAUACCAAUGCCAAGGUCGCCUACAUGAGGAGCAAAAUCAUUGAGGCCAACGUACAUAUCACCAUGGGUAACAAGAUCGAAUUAUUAGCAACCCUGAAGACCCCCUUCGCUGACGCCGAGAUGUCUGAGCUUUCCUUCAGUCAUGAAGGUUCUCUCAAGAACUUCAAGACCAAUGCUAAAUUGACGGGCAUGAACAAGAUGAUAGAAGGUAACAUGCACUUUGCCAUGGACGACAAGAUCGAAUUGACUGCAACUCUGAGGACUCCAUUUACUGGUGCCGAAAUGACCAAGAUUACCUUCACCCAUGAAGGUGAGUUGAUGAACUUCAACACCAAUGCAAAGGUCGCAUACAUGAGGAAUCAGGUCAUUGAAGGCAGCAUUCAGUUUGCCAUGGGCAACACGAUUGAACUUCGAGCAACCUUGAGAACUCCCUUCACUGGUGCCGAAAUGUCUGAGCUUACCUUCAACUACGAGGGAUCUCUCCAGAGCUUUAACACCAAUGCCAAGCUGACCUACAUGGAUGGCCAAGUAAUUGAGGGCGACAUGCAAUUCUCCAUGGCAGGUAAGAUCGAAUUCACAGCAACCCUGAGGACUCCAUUCACUGGAGCCGAGAUGACGAAACUCGCCUUCACUCAUGAUGGUGAACUGAUGAACUUCAACACCAACGCAAAGGUCACGUACAUGAGAAGCCAAAUCAUUGAGGGCAGUAUGCAGUUCACCAUGGGUGACAAGAUCGAUUUCACAGCCAACCUGAAGACUCCAUAUUCUGGUGCAGAGAACUCCCGUCUGAUCUUCUCUCAUGAUUGUGACCUGAAGAAGUUCACCACCAUCGCUAAGCUUUAUGCCAAGAACCAAGAGUUCCUCUACGCCAUGACCUUCAGCAACGCUGACAAAGUCGAGCUCACAGCAAGCUUGAAGACUCCAUUUGAGAUUGUGGAGAAUCUUGCACUUGCAUUCAGCCACAAGGGAAGCCUGGCCGACUUUGAGACCAGCGUCAAGGCAACGUAUCUCAGGGACCAUGUCAUUGAAUACAAAAUGGAAAUGAAGAAUGGAUUUACCGCAACUCUAAAGACCCCAUUCAAGGGUGCUGAAUACACUGAGCUGACCAUGAGCCACGAGGGUGACCUCUGGAAUUUCGACACCAAGGCCAAGCUGACCUACAUGAGGAACCAAGUCAUCGAAUACAACAUGAACUUCAAGAGUGGUGAACAAUACGCAUUCACUGCUACCCUGAAGACUCCCUUCAGUGGUGCUGAAAGCUCUACGUUGACCGUGACUCACAGCGGAACUACACUUUCAAGCUUCCGUACCAAUGCGAAGUUGAACUACCAGAAGAACAAAGUUAUCCAGGCCAUUGCCCACUUCAGCAUGGACGACAACAUUGCCGUAUUCGCACAACUGCGUACACCAUUUACUGGUGCUGAGACAACCGAGUUCACGCUGACCCAUCACAAUGGAGUCUCCGCAUUCCGCACAGAAGCCAGGCUUGACUACAUGCCAUACAAACGCUUUGAGGGCAGCCUCGACUACAGCCUCUCCCGAAACGAUCUUGAGAUCACUGCUCAGCUGAAUACACCUUUCGCUAAUGCCAAACAAAAUGUUUUCACACUGAAGCACAAUGGUGGUCUUAAUAAUUUCAACACGAACGCUAAGCUGACUUACUCAGAGCAGGAAAUUGCUGCAAAGGUGAACUUCAUGAACACUAACCUCCGAGAACUCGAAGUGUCGGCUGAGCUGAUGACCCCAUUCAAGGUAGCUGAGAAGGUAUCCGCCAAGUACACUCACAAUGGGGAUGCAAGCAGAUUCGAAUGCAAUGCCGUCGUUGAGUAUAAUGAUAUGAAGCCUAUGACUGGUAACCUGAAGUUCCAACAGACUCCAUCAAUCGAGCUAACAAUCACAGUCAGCACUCCUUUUGCCAAGUACUUACCGACGUACGUGAAGUUUAACCACAAUGGUGUCAGGAACCAAUUCCAACAGUCCUUUGUGUUUGGUAUUAACUCGAAGGAUGUGUGGAGCUACAAGGUAGAAUUCUCAAACGAAGGCCUUUCUAAGAUUGCCCUGAACUUAGAAUACGUAUUUCCAUUCUUUUAUGGAACUCUCAAAACGGCUGUGAAGGCAAACCACAACAACGACGGCAAAAGCAUCAGAAGCAACAUCGAUCUCCUCUGCGAAGAUCGUGAAUUCGCUAAUGCUGAGUUUGUGUAUGAAGGUCACAGCCUCAACCUCAAGGCUAACUUUGCAAAGGAGAGCAUUGCAUUAAACCACGAAGGUGACCUGAGAAGAUUCAGAACAACUGGUACCGCCACCUACCGACAUGAGAAGCUCACCACUGAGGCUCGCUUCAACGCCGACGAUAUGUCAGCUUCACUUUCGAUCGAAACCCCUGAUGCUACAUUGGCAGUGACUCAUGACGGCAAGCCCUUCGUGAACUCAAAGAGCGGAGCUUCACUCAGUUACAGUGGAAUGGAUUAUGUUUUCGCAACCGAAUUCAACGUAGAAACUAUGACUCUUCUGGUUAAGAUGACAGCACCAACUGGUAGCGUGGAGAUCAACCAUGCCGGCUUCCCCAGGAAGUUCACAAACAAAAUGGUCGCCAUAUGUGCUGCCACUGGAACCUACCAAGUGGAAACAAACUUCGACCUUGAAACUGCCAUGGCCUCGAUGAAGAUCUCCACCCCAGGAAUGACGAUGGCAACAACCCACAAAGGACAAGCUUCAGACUUCGUCACCAAGGUCAUUGUCAUAUGCAAGAAGACAGGAAGUUAUGCUGCUGAGGUCAACUUCAACAAGGACACGAUGGCUGCCAACCUCAACAUCAACACUCCAUAUGGUAUUGCCGUGGUUACCCACAAUGGCAGGAUCGAGAACUUCGAGACGAAAUCCACAGUCAACAUCCACAGUUAUGGUACAUACAAUGCUGAGGCCAAAUUCAACGUGAGGGAGAUGGACGGACACGUCAUUGUUGUCACACCUUACGGUAAUGCCAAGAUCGCCCAUAACGGUCCGAUCACCAAGUUCACCACAACAGCAACUGCCACCAUUCUGGACAAGGAUUACUCCUUAGAAUACAAGAGUGACAUGGGUGCCCCACUAUGGGACUUGAAGAUGAACUGCCCAUUCUUUACAUACACAGCAACCUGGACCGGUCCGGUGACCAACUUCAAGUACAACACUUUGACAAUCUAUCCCAAUGGUCUAAGGACUAUCAUGGAGACCAGCUUCAGCUUGGAGAAGAAAAUCACCGGUUCAUUCCUAUACAGGAGCCCAGUGAAGUACCUAGAGCACCUCGCUCUUUCCUUCAGUCACCACGGAGACGCCAGAUUCUUUGAGACUGACGGAAGCGUAAGCUGGACCACCACUGAUACCAUAACUGCCCAUGUUGACUUCAGACGUAGCAGGCGCUACAUGGUAGUGAACACCAAGCUCGAGACACCAUACACAGACCGUUUUGCAAUGAAUGCUCGCCACCAGGGCCAACUGACCGAAUUCAGGUCAAGCGUCACCGCCGACUACGGUAGCAAGAGAGGUCAGGUCGUUGCUCAAUACAACAAGGAAUCUGCCACAAUCUCCCUAAUGACACCAUUCGAACGAUUUGAAUCCCUUAGCGCCAGCUACAAGAAGACCCAGAACAAUGGCUACCAUGCCGAGAUCUCCUGGGCACCAAGGAAGAAGAUCAUGGCUGAUAUCACGUACACUAUUGAUGGAACCUACUCAGCUGCUGCCGCCACUGGCACCUUUAUGAUCACCACUCCUUUCGCCCCAAUCCAGUCUCUCUCCAUUGAAUUCGAGAACCGUCACUCCCUGUUCACAUACCUGAAGAACAUCAUGAAGAUUGAGUUGAACUCUGAGACCCGUUGGGACACCAAGGCUGAGAUUCGCAUCGCAGCAGACCGUGUCAAUGUUAAGGCUACAAUGACCAUCCCCCACCCAACAACUGUCAGUGUUAAGAUGUUCAACUCCGAGAAGGAAAAGACCGCUGAUGUUGACGUUAACGUUAACGGCGUGAGAGUCUACCUGAAUGCCCUCCACAAGGAUGAGAGCAGCUAUUACCGCGUCAAGCGUGACAGCAGCAUCAAACUGGUUGUCCCAGCGCGCACAAUGGCACUCACCUCAGCCUACGACAGCAGCCGCUACCAGAGCAACCACAAGGUCGAAGUCACCCUUGACCAAGAACGGGGCAAAAAGGUCACGUAUGAGGGCACUUUUGCUGACCGAUCCCGUAGCUACCAGAAGAACUACGAAGGCACAGUCAAGCUGACUACUCCACUCCGCACCCUGAAGACCACCGUCACCCAUACCCAGUCCAGCAACAACUUCAACACCAAGACUGUGAUGAUGUGGGAUGCUGACCGUGAUCAACAGAAGAAGAUGGAGGUCGACACUGUCUAUGAGAGGAGCGGCAAGAAGCACAAUGUGGCUGUCACCCUGGUGCACCCACGUCUCGACAAGCCAAUCAGCAUCCGUGGUGAGAUUACCCUCAACAAAGACGACUUCAUGUACGCCGGCAAGACUGAGCUCCAGUACUCCUCCGACCCUAGCGAGACGCUGACCCUCUCCGGAAAGGUCAACGACGAGUCCUACGGCCGCCGUCAGAACUACUCCAUGAGGAUGCAAGUGUCCCACCCCAAGAGUCUCAUCAACAUGGACGUCACCUCACACAUUGGUAACACUGACAGCAAAAUGUCUGCUGGUAUGGAGAUGAACUACCUCACCGCUCGUAGGUCACAGGAAAACGUCCUCCUCAGAGGUGAAAUCGACAAGCUCAGGAAGUCCAUCAGUAUGAAGCUGAGAACUCCAAUGAAGAACAUCGCUGUUGACGGUGGUAUGAAGCAGAGGCGUGGCGUACUGAACAUGUACCUGACCAACACCAUGGAUACCACCCCCUACCGCCAUUUCCUUGAGAUCAACAGCCAGAUGCCAUCAUUCUCCCUCAAGACCACAUUCGCUCCAGGCAAGAUGUACUCCCUUUCCGGCACCGCUAACGCUACCACCGCCAAGAUCGAGUCAAGCCGCAUCUACGGCAGCAGGAUCACCACUGAUGGCCUCGCCUCAGUCAGCUUGAACGGCAGCAAGGUGCUUUACACUCGCCUCCACUGGACUCCUUCCCUUGCCAACGAGAUCGAAGAAUACGCCACCGAGACCUUCACCGCAACCAAGACCACUCUGACCAAGACCUGGGAAGAUGUCGUCUCUGCUCUCACCGAGGAGUGGAACCAGCACUCCAACCUUGUGAGCAACGCCAUGCCAGAUGUCGCUGCCGUGGCCAGCUACAUGAGCCAAGAAGCUGACUCAAUCAAGGUUGAUGGUGAGAGAAUCAAGAACGAGUGGAACAGCAUGUACUACAGGAACGAAUUCUUCAUGAGGAACGUUGACGAGUACAUGAACACAGUCAUGGAAUAUAUCCAGGAAAAGGCAACACUUAUCCAAUUCCAAAUGAGGCGUUUCUCAGCCGAAUGGAGCCGAUACUACCAGGCCAAGAUGGCGAUGUUCCGCCGUGUCUGGGACGAGAAGAUGGGCAAGUUGGAAGAGACCAUUGCUGCCAUCGUUCUGAAAUUCCGCCCAGCCUGGCAGAGCUACGCCUAUGCCGUCAUCCGCUCCUACCAAGAAACUACUCAGAAGCUCCGACACAAAUUCGAAGAAUCCUUGGAAAACAUGGAAGAAUACAAAGCAAUUGUUGUCAACUACUUGGAUGACAAAUUCGAUUUCAUCACAUACAAGAUGGAGCCAUACUUGGCCAAGUUUGGUAAUGUCCAAGAAUCCCUCCGAUACUACCUCCUCUCCGAUAAGCAGAAGACCUAUUUCGAUGUUACGAAGGAGCGUAUUGUCUCCUUCUUCCAGGGAGUCCGAGAGGAGUACACGCAGUGGAGGACAGCAGCAACUGCAAAAACUGAGCGCAUGAUCGUCGAGACAAAAGCCAAGAUCAUCCGCAACCUGGACCAGAUCCUUGGACACGAGUACAGCAAGAUGUUGACCGACAUGGCCCAACAAACAGUCGUCGACAUGAAGAACGCGUGGAGCGAGUACGAGAUCGAGAGCCAUCUGAAGGACCUUAUGAAGGGCGCUUACUACAAGUUAGACGACUACGCACGCAAACAGGUCAAGACCUUGGUCAAGAACUACAUGCGCAUUGGUGAGAGCCGUUUCACUGUCUUCGAGCCAGACCACGGUAGGAUUGAAGCUAAGAUCUUCCUUCCCCUCGAAGUCAAGUCACUGGAUCAGUUGCCUGAUCUCAAACUCGCCGAGAUGAAGCAGGAGAUGGAGAAACUUUAUGCCAAGUACAAGCCAAGCUCCGAGUUCAGCAUGUGGGAUGUCUACUACAAGUACAAGCCAACCUCUGACGUCAUGAACUGGAUUCCUCCUUUCAAAGCUCACGCCACCCUUGCCCAUGGCAAACACUUCACCACUUUUGAUGGACACACUUUCGAGUUUGCCGGUACCUGCAGCUACAUGUUGGCGCGUGACUUCGGCGAUGCCAACUUCACCGUCAUUGCCAACUACCAGGAGGGAAAGAUCGAGUCCUACACGAUCCACAGCAAUGGAAAGAAGAUUGAGAUCUUCCAAGAUUUCAAGCUCAUGGUAAACGACGCCAGAACUGAGAUGCCUUUCGAAUACAAGAACACCACCAUCUCACGUGACGAGACCUCCAUCACGGUCAUCAAUGCCAAGGGUUUCGUAUUCACCUUCGACACCGCCAAGGACAUCGUGACCUUGGACAUUUCGGGCUGGUACUUCGGCAAGACCGCUGGUCUCUUCGGCAUCUACGACAACGAACCAAGCAAUGACUUCAUGAUGCCUUCCCGAAAGAUCGCUGACGACGUCCAGACUUUCACACACGCUUGGGAAGUCGCCCCAUACUGCCGUGGAUCACGCAACUUGGCCAAAACCGCUGGAACCCAACCAGGCAGCGAGGUAGAGACCGUGUGUAAGAAGUACUUCGAGAGUGGCAAAUCUGUCUUCCGUCCAUGCUUCAGUGUUGUCCCAGUUGCCAGCUACUACAGGAGAUGCGUCAGUGACCUGGAACAGGACCGCACCAGUCAGCCAACCGAGUUGAAGGCAUGCAAGGUCAUCCAGACUUAUAUUGCCGAGUGCAAGAAGGCUGAAGUUGAGCUCGAAGCCCCACAGUUAUGUGCAACCUGCCAGAGCCCCCGUGGUGAAGUCAUGUACCCAACAGAAAAUGUCACAUUUACCACUGAACAAGUACCAACCACCAAAUCAGCUGAUGUCGUCUUCGUUAUUGAGGAGAAGGAAUGCAACAGGGAUGUCGCCACCAAGCUGUCUGCCCUUGCAUCUGAGAUCGAGAAAUCACUCAAACAUAAAGGUCUGAAGAACAACCGAUUCGCCGUAGUCACCUUUGGUGGACACGGUGUGCACAACGCGCCCCACGCCCACACCAUGGAGGACCAGAUCUUCAAUGAUGCCCGCAAGAUGAACCUCAUCGACCUCGACUUCCACGCAGAAGGCAGCAACACAGAUGUCCUCAGUGCAGUCAGCUUUGCCACUAAGUACAACUUCCGCGCUGGUGUCUCCAAGUCCAUCGUCCUCAUCCCAUGUUCAACCUGCGAAGACACCAAGAAGACCACAAGCGACAAGCUGUCCGCAUUACUCAAGGAGCAGGACAUUGUCCUCCAUCUGAUGAAGGAUCAUGACUUCAAACUCAUAUCAAACUCACCAAAGAGUAACUACAUCUUCGGCAUCGAUGCCAUCAGUGCCUACACCAGCAAGGACGUUAUUGAGCAGACCUUGAGAGGAGACACCGCCCUGCUCCGCCAGGUCGUCGUACCCAAGGACAUCUGCGUCAUCCUCGCCACCAAGUCCCAGGGCUCAUUCUUCAACGCCCAGAAGCUCACCACCGGACGAUACUCAUCACAGAAGUCCUUCCUAGACGUUGCUGGACGCCGCAUUGCCAUUGGAGCUGCUGUCAACCCAUGCCAGGACUGCAAGUGUGUCGUUGGUGAGAAUGGAAAUGGUAGAACUAUCUGCAAGAGCUGCCCAGUUGAGCUUGUCAAGCUUACACCAGCCAAACAACAUCUUCUCGGACAUAUGGGUGAAAACCCAGAAGUCGGCCCACUGGCCACACCACCAACCAUGGAGUUCGAUGAAGCCCCACUCAGCGGUGCCCAGACCUCUGUCAGGAUCUUAGGCCAGAGACGCCCAGUCAGCUACAGAACAAGGCAGUAGGAAACCGACAAGGAGACGUAGUGUGAACAAACUUAAUCACGAUCUGUAACUUACCAAAAUGAACAAUGAACAACAAUGCAACUCAACGUGUACUCGGACAAUGCAAAUGAAACAGAAAAAAACACUCUUUUAGAUUGAUAAUCGGAACAAGAUCAGAAUAUAAUUUGAAUGAACAUCUUUGUGAUCUCCUGUUGUAUUUAUUACACCGACUUUGUAACAUGCGGUAAACUCCACUAUGUUAGCCUGCCUCCUGUUAACGCUGUUAAUUUCUUCUUCACUCAGUAGUGGGCUGCACGAAUACCGGCAAUGGUGUUCAUCGGUGUGACGACAAUGGCCACUGAUAGUUGAAAUUAAUAUUGUGUCCAAUUGAUGUUAGCUGAAUAUUCAUGGCCGCUAAUAUACUGGGGUAUACUUGUACAGUAACUGUAAUUUUUAAGAUUAUUUAUUAAAUCAUAUAAGCAUA